AUGCCGUCCACUCUUAGGCGGUCUCAGCAGCGUGCGCUGACCUUUAGUCGUUCUUUAGCAAACACGAUCAAGUCUAAAUUAUUAUCCUCCUCUUUCUUCCAUCACACUUCCAAACCCCCUGUGGCUCAUGAUCACCUCCGCCACUCCAACGAUAUCAGCCGACCAAGACACCUUCGACGUACCCAAUAUCAUACUGACAUAUCCCAUUCUCACCAACCUACUCACUUUAUCCGUCGACUUCCUGUCGAAAUCCUCGCCCACAUCUUCGUACUUGGUUCACAGCAAGACGCUGCGUUUCCCAUUGCAAUCUCCCAUGUGUGCAGGGCAUGGCGCUAUAUUGCUCUUCGUACACCUUCGCUAUGGCGUUGUAUCAUCCUCAGUCCCCAUGAGCAGAUGUGGCGAGAGCGAAUACAUCGUGCGCGUGCCUGCACCUUGGAUAUACGGCUCAUCACCCGCGCCUCAUCUAGGCUAGGUCAACCUCGGACGGUGGAUGUUGAUCCAUUUACGGUCCAGUGGCACAUGCAUAUCGUCUUACCUCAUAUCCAGCGGUGGCGUUCUCUCGAUAUCGAGUUCCCAGAGUAUGCACCGUUUCUCUGGAAAGCGGCUCUUUCCAAUCUAUCAUAUGGGGCUCCAGCAGCGGCUCCCCUUUUGGAAGAUCUUUCACUUGUAUAUCGUGAUAACGAUGAUGUGGAUGAGUUUUGCUUGUUUUCGGGAUACGCCCCUCGACUCCGUCGAGUUACUUUGGACGGAAUCAGGCUCACUUGGCUUCCCUCGCUUUUCAGCAACCUCACCUUUCUCGAUUAUACCCAUCACGGAUUUACGACAGGUUAUCAAGCGGUUCACGACGUCAUUUCCAUUCUUCAGGUCUCUUCUUGCCUUGUCGAGCUAAGACUGGCAUUUCCCCCAAAGCGCACUGCAUCUUUACCGUCCUGGAUGGAUUCCGUCACACAACGCGUGACUCUGCCCCUUCUAGCCUCCCUCCACCUCCGAGUGGAAGGCGGGGAAAUCCCUUUUGAACUGGCCCAUCUCGUGACGCUCAUGUCAACCCCCUCACUCACCUCUCUGCGACUCAUCGAUCCGAGCCGCGGACAUCAUCCCUUUCCUCAAUUAAAGUCCUUUUUCUACGUUUAUGCCUUACCUCCCUCCCUACGCACUCUGUGCAUCGAGCAUGGGUGGUACGAUCAUCGCAUGAUAUCGCCCAUGGCUCACGCUUUGCCUAGGAUACGACAGAUCAUCGUGAAGAGGGCACAUGCGCCUGAGCAAGUACUCACUAUCAAUCGAGCAGCGAGUAAGCCGAGCAAUGAUUUGAAUUUUGGGCGGGCAGGCAGCGCUUAUAAUAACAGACAUUUACGAAUCCAUCGGUUGGACGUUCGGUACCUCUCCAAGUGAAUUCAAUCCAUUUUCAUUCGUUUUAUACGAACGCUUUCUUUUAUUUACUUACACUGUAUAAAUUCCCCCCUUCUUUUAUUUACUUACACUGUAUCAAUCCAUCCCCCUUUUGUAGCUACGGUACUUCUCUACCCACUUUCAAGUUGUAUAUUUAGCACACCUGUAUUUUUACGACACCUUGGUACAUUAAUGAGCUUUUUUAAUUGUA